UUGUCUACAAGCAACCACUUCCGGCUCACAUGGCGUCAAAAUCCAACAAAAUGGCUGACACGAGUGCCACCCCACUCCAUGCUUCAGUGAUUUGGGCCCAAAGAAAGGACAAAAUCUUGCUCACAAUCAACUUGGAAGACAGCAAAGACGCAACAUUUGAUAUCAAAGAGAACUCCUUUCACUUCAAGGGAAAAGGUGGACCAGAAAAAAAAGAUUAUGAAGUAAAAUUAGAUUUUUAUAGUGAUGUUGUACCCAGUGAAUGCAAGUACACUGUGUUAGAAAGGAAUGUACCAUGUGUGAUAAAAAAGAAAGACGAAGGAGAAUUCUGGCCACGAUUGUUAAAAAAAUCACAAAAGGUACAUUGGUUAAAGACAGACUUUGACAAGUGGAAGGAUGAAGAUGAUUCAGACUAUGAAGAAGAAUCACCUAUGGACUUGGACCAGAUGAUGCAAAACAUGGGAGGAAUGGGUGGAAUGGGUGGCAUGGGCGGCAUGGGAGGCAUGGACGGCAAAGAGGAGGACAGUCCCAGUGAAGACAGUGAUGAUGAUAGUAAAUAUACUCCAUUAUCUUCCUGACUUGGAAUAACGAGGUCGGGACAUCAGCAUCUUUUAUUUACGUUAACACUCCCACAUUGCCAGGCGUGAAAGUUCAUGGACACAGUCGCCAUGGAGACAAAAUUGUCUUGGAACCAAGUAUAAUGUGACUAGAACAAAGAAAUGGAUCCUUUUUUUUUUAAUGGUUCUAAGAGCCUGCAGACAUUAAUCAAGAGUGCAUCUGAGCUUGAACUCCAUUGGAGUAGCGUUUUGAUUGUCAAACCAAAUUUGUCAAACCAAAUGGAACUUAGGCUUCGGUAUUGGACUAAGGGGAGGUAAUCAUUGGAAGCGGAACACAGUCGUGUUAAUGGGUCACAGAUUCAGUGGUUGUUGUGUUGCUGCCUGUUUUAUUUGCUCUUGGUUAAGAAUUGUGUAGAAUAUUUUGUACGCAUCAUUUUCACAUUGUAUCAGUAACGACAUGAUUUCCUUUUUUAUUCAGUCAUACAAUAAACUGUAUUACCAUGAU